AUGGAUACGGAAAGCCGACAUCCUGAGGCCAACCCGGACACCAACCCCUGUGACUCGGCUCCGGAUGACACUGAUCCUGCUCCCAAGAAGUCCGCAAUCAAGAAGAGAACAAAAACUGGCUGCUACAUCAUAUUCAAGGACCCUAUGGGCACCUUUCACCCGAACCAGAUCGGCCCCAUGCCCUUCCAGAGUGCUUCAGCCCACCACUUGCUCGCCAGCCAGCAAGGCUCCUUCGCCAGCCAGAACCCCAGGGCAAUCUCGCAAGGCUCCCUGCCGUUCAUCGCGCCGCGGCCGCCUUUGAUGAACGACGUCGCCCAGUACCAGCACCAGCUUCCUCAUCAUCCCAGUAUGCCCCCACGACAACAUCCCCUUCACAUGCAAGGCAUUCCCGCCGGCCACGAACUCCAUUUUAUCCCGCCAGGACAUGCACAGCCCAUGGCCCCGAUGCCCAUGUCCUAUGCACCUUCGGCCCAGCCUGAUUCUCAUGGACAUGCAUCCUUUGCGCAGGUCUGGGAGCCUCAGCCGCCCCUGACUGGCCAUGGCGGUUCCUACGAUGACUCUGGCUUCUUGCCCUCCGUCGACUAUGGUGGCCCUUUGACCGUGCCUAUAGCGGUGCCUACGCCCGCACUUGUACCUGCUGUCGGGUGGUCGUCCGAUGGGAACUAUGAUGUUAUCGACUUUCCUCCGGUCCCACGAUCGCAUGAUUACACACGAGUCUUUGAGAGAGGCAAUGCAGAAUACUCAGCUCAAUCGGCUAUGCAUUCGGAAGAGGGUUAUUGGUACUCGGACGACGAUGCAUCCAUGGGUGAUUCUGAAGACGAAGAGGCAACAGACCAAAUGGAACACGUACAGGCAAACGAUCUGGGUGUAAUUGUUGCAAGACGUCUGCCAAACCGUCCGUUCGACGCCUUUGGCACUCAGCUGCGCACCUUUUCCAACUUUGCCGACGCAAAUGUCUUGGCCGAUUACGUCCCAUCGUCGCUGAACUCGCCCCUGACUGAUGCUCGCACAGCCUCUGUCUUUUGGUACUUUGUUAAUGUCACAGGACCAAGCAUGUCUCUCUUUGAGCGCUAUCCCGUUGAUCCCUCCCCCAUUUUUGAAGGGCGCCCUGUACCUCGCUCAAGACAGCACAUUUGGACAUAUACCUUCCCUACCAUCGCGCUUAACCACCCGGCUUUGCUUCAAGCCAUGCUGGCGUUGGGCAGUUUGCAUAUGGCCAAGCUCCAAGGCAUUCCCGCCACUGCUUCGAUGAAGCACUACCAUCUGAGCUUGCGAAGGAUUGCCCGCAACUACCAAAGCACAUCUCGCCGUGUACAACCUGCCACGCUUGCCGCCACUAUGCUUCUAGGCUUCUAUGAAGUCUGGAACUCGGACCACGACAAGUGGUGCAAGCAUAUGUGGGGAGCGCGGGCUAUCCUGAGGGAAAUUCCUCUCCGGGAGAUGACCAAGAAGAUGAUUGCCCUUAAGCGGAAGCGUCGCCAGGCCCUCUAUCAGGGCAGCUUGGACCACGACUCAACGAUGCCCGAAGACGGCAUCGUUGCCGACAAGGAUAUUGAUCUAGUCGACUCGGUUAUUGUGUCUCAACUCUCUGGAUUGCCCGUAGGCUACGACCAAGAUGAAGACGUGACCUCUUCCUCGUUUCACAAUAGACGAUCUACUUCUUGGACCACCCCUGACGCCUAUACGGAGAAAGAUAUAAAAACAUAUCACAUCCUCAGUGACUUAUUCUGGUGGUAUGCGAAGAUGGACGUAUACCAGAGCAUAUUGGGAGGAACGCGGCUCCUGAUGGAAUACAAGUGCUGGACCCAAUGCGCCCCUCGUGCCCCUAUCAACAGGAUCGACGCCUUUCACGACCAGGACCGUAAGCGCCAAGCGAGGUGGCCAGACGGGCCACCGGGACCUCGGGGCCAAGGCCAGUCGCCGCCACCUUUCAUCGGCAUGAUGCCUUCGACGGGCAAUAUAACUAUCCCCAAAGGCUUCAGCCCUCCGCGGGAACAGAGCCCUGAAAGCGACAGUCAGGAAGAGAUGGACUUUGAUGCAAGCACGACGGCAGCACUUUGCAAAUGGGAAAGCAUCAAGCAGACACUUGAACAUUUCCGGGCUCAAUUGGGUCCCGACUUUGAGCCUUUAGGUCCGGAAUACGAGCCUCCAGCAAGUAGUCCCUUUGGCCUGGUGCUGAAGUACCGCACAUAUGGAAUUGCGAGCAUCUGGAUGAACUACUACAUGGGAAUGAUUGUGCUGCACCGCUGCCAUCCAUCAAUGCCUCACAUAGCCAUGGCCGCGGCUGCCAUGGCCGGGCGCCAGACAGCACCGUAUGCCAACCAGAUUGGCCGCAUCAUUGCGGGACUCACCGUCGAAGAUCUUAACACCAUGGUGCACGUGAGCACUCUUCUCGGCGCCGUCUCCAUCGAGAGCUCAUUCCCGCUGUUUGUGGCGGCCGUUCAGUUUCAGGAUACGGCGCAGAGACACUGGACGGUUCGACAGAUGCACAAUGUCGCUCGGUUGACAGGCUUUCAGUCUGCCCGUCAUAUCGCUACCGGCUGCGAGACAUGCUGGACGAAAGCUGCCAGCAUGGGUCGCGGGCCGCCAUACGAACCGCCCACAGACGUUGCGGAGGUUCCCCAGUCCAUCUGGAAUCGGCCAAAGAGAAUUGUGGAUCGGAUUCGCGAGCUUGAGGAAGAAGACGAGGAGCUGGUCUUGUCUGCCACCGAGCGAUCCCGUUACGCCGUGGGAUUACUAAGCAUGGAGUCAGACCUCGAGAAGCUGAAGCUAAGCGACAAGGCUUAG